UUUCAACAACAACAGCGAGUCAGACACCUCGGUAGCGUUCUAGUAAAAAUAGCUAACACAUUCACGCUCUUUACACUGUUUUGUUAUAUAUUAGUCGCUGUGUAUUAAUCACACUUCUGUUGUAUGUACUUGUUUUGGGCCAUUUAAUUAUAUAUUUACGUUGUUUGUCAGCUAGCUGGUUUGCUAAGUUAGCUUAGAACUAGGCUAGUCGCUAAUGCUAACUAGCUAACAUCCCCGACCAUGAGUUCACUAAGCUACUCUCCUCCUGAUAAAGAAGAGGUCUGCUGGACGGAGAAAGAAACCCUCGUCAAAGAGGAGGACGAAGAGGAGGCUGUUACAAUACAAAAACAGGUAGAGGAUGAGGCUGUUACCGUGAAAGAAGAAGAGAAAGACGUUUCAGUGAAAGAAGAGGAAGACGCGUUCAGAGUGAAAGAGGAAGAGGAUGAUACAGUAAAAGAAGAGAAAGAGGAGGAUUCCGUUUUAGGAGUGAAAGAGGAGGGGGAGAUGACUGUCACAUUGGAGGAAGAAGAGGAGGUUGGAUAUCUGUUUAACACCAGAGAUAGAACUGACUACCAUGGGUCCUCUGAGGAGCCUCAACAACCUCAUGAUGCUGACAAGGCAGAGAAGAGUCUCUCCACAUCAGAACACCUCAAGAAACACGAGCAGGGAUCCACAGGGAAUAGAUCUCACUCCUGCUCGGACUGUGGGAAGAGAUUCACCUCCUCAGCAGGCAUUAAAAUUCAUCAGAGAAUCCACACAGGAGAGAAACCUUUUACCUGUACUCAAUGUGGGAAGAGUUUUACAACAUCUGGCCAUCUGACUCUACACCAGAGAACACACACAGGAGAGAAACCUUAUAGCUGUGGUCAAUGUGGGAAGAGUUUUUCCUCAUCGAGCAGUCUCACUCAACACCAGAGAAUACAUACAGGAGAAAAACCUUAUAGCUGCGUUCAAUGUGGGAAGAGUUUUGGUCAAUCUGGCGAUCUGACAGUCCACCAGAGAAUACAUACAGGACAGAAACCUUAUAGCUGUGAUCAAUGUGCCAAGAGUUUUGUUGGAUCUGGUCUGCUGACAUUACACCAGAGAACACACACAGGAGAGAAACCUUAUAGCUGUAAUCAAUGUGAGAAGAGUUUUAAUACAUCUGGCCAUCUUGUUGUACACCAAAGAACACACACGGGAGAGAAACCUUACAGCUGUGAUCAAUGUGGGAAGAGUUUUACUCAGCUAAGCAACCUGAUAUCACACCAGAGAACACACACGGGAGAUAAAUCUUAUAGCUGUGAUCAAUGUGGGAAGAGUUUUACUCAGCCAAGCAACCUGACACGACACCAGAGAACACACACGGGAGAGAAACCGUAUAGCUGUGAUCAAUGUGGGAAGUUUUUUUUUACAUCUAGCCAUCUGAAGAUACACCAGAGAACACACACAGGAGAGAAACCGUAUAGCUGUGAUCAAUGUGGGAAGAGUUUUGUUACUUCUGGCCAGCUGACUUUACACCAGAGAACACACACGGGAGAGAAACCUUAUAGCUGUGAUCAAUGUGGGAAGAGUUUUACUACAUCUAGCAAUCUGACUAUACACCAGAGAACACACACAGGAGUUAAAGGUUAUAGCUGUGACCAGAGAUAAUCUGAUUUAAGAUAUCUGAUCAAAUAUUAGAAAAUACAUACAUGAAGGAGUUGUUUCAUGAUUUCAAUGAAUUAAUGUCACAAUUUAGAACGUUUUUUACAUUGUAGAAGGAGUAUUUUAAUGAUGUCACAAUGUAGAACCCUAAACGUUUUCCCCCUUUUCUAUUGAUUUCAGCAUGAUAUGGAUAUUGGCCCCAGGGGAAAUUCUAGGCUCUGAAUUGAGAGAGUAUUAUUUAUAUGAUUUAACAAAAAUUGACUAACAAAAAAAGAACUGUGUUACACAUACCACGUUGGUGACCCACUGGAAUCAAAAUGCAACACUUCAAAAUGUAGCUAAUGUUUUCUACAAAUUGUCCUCUAACCAGUGAUGUACACAUUAUUCCCAGAUUCUGUGUGGUUUUUGAGCUGUUAGUUUUAACAGGACGUGCAACCUCAUCUCUCUCCUCUCGCAUAAUUGAUUUCAACAUGAUAUCGAUGAGUUAUGACAAAUAAGUGUUGUGUUCCUUUGUUUAGCGACCCCUACAUUUAAAUGCAUCACUCCAAAAUGUAGCUGACUGUCUUCUGCAGGUUGUCCUCUAACCAGUGAGGUAAAAGAUAUAUCCCAUUUCCAUGUUUUUUUGUUGUUGUGUUAGUUUCAACAGCACGUACAACCUGAUUUCCCCCCUAAUCCAUAACAGUGAUUUAUUACUACUUGUCAAACCAACAGCGUUUUUGGUGCUUGUGCAGUUAAGGAGCUUGUUUAAAUAAAUACAAGAAAUAUGAUUAUUGUGGCAAUGUUUGUGUAAAUAGCACAUGUUAUGUUUAGGUUUUCAAUUUAUCCCAAACUGUUUCUGCAUAUUGGUUAUUGAUUUGGACACGUUAAAACUGUGUUUUGACAGUGGCCUAUCCCAUCUAGCAAAAUGUCAUUGAAAAGACGUUGAAAAUAUGACUAUGCAACCAAAUAUUUAAUAUUUACAUGUCAUGUAACAUUUAGUAGUGAUAUUUAUUCAUGCAACCAACUGACAAUUUUUUGGGUACAAUUAUAUUGACAUUGUUGCCCUGCUUUUAGAAUAUCCGGGUUAUUUCUCACAUGUGCCAAACCAAAUGUACUCGAGCAUGACAUUGGGGACUGGGCCCCGAUCCAACAACAUGCCUAUCGAGUGAACCCUGAAAAAAAAAGAGAAGCUCCGCAGUGAGGUGGAAUGUUACUACGGAUAAUGCAGGAGUUUCCUCUUGAAAUCAGACAUGUCUGUGGUAAGGACAACUUGGUUUCUGGUUGUCUCAAGGGUGGGCAGUCAAAAAGCUUUGUGUUUAGCCAGGGAGUUGCCAUGGAUUACAAUUUAUUUUGACUGCACGUUUUUCCGUAUUUGGAGAUUAUUUUUGUUUGGGCUCGUUCCGAGGGGACGAGAGUUCUAGACACUGAGUUUUUCACAAAAUUAAGAUUGUAGAAAAAUAUAUAUAUUUAGAAAUGUGUUUUUUUCCUGUUUUUAAUUGUUGACUGUCAGUGGACACCAUGUUUAUAUUGGUGAAGGUAAAGCAUUGUAGUUGAUUUAUAAUGUGAAAUGCAAGUUGUUUUCUGUUGGUGGUGAGCAAACUUGUCCAACAAAAACAUAGGAUAUUUUUGUUGUCUUAAUAAAGGGGAAGGUGUUA